AUGGUUACUGAUCAUGAGCUACAAGAUACUAUAAGUAGUGAGGCUGAUGACUAUGAGCGUUCAGAAGGUGAUUGUUUCUCCAAGCCAAUGGCAAUUAGAGACCGUGGGAAAAAGAGUCAUAUUCUUUGGUGGGGUGCAUAUGGUGGCCUUGCUUUUGACCUCCAAUCUUUUGCAAAGCAAAUUAUUAGCCUAUGUUGUUCAGCAUCUGGCUGCGAGCGCAAUUGGAGUGUCUUUGCUCAUAUCCAUACCAAAGGGAGAAACCGACUUGAGUACAAGAGGUUGAACAAGCUAUCAUAUGUCUCCUACAACCGGCAAAUGGAAGCUAGGUUUCAAAAUCUGCGUGAGCAAGGCUCCAAAGCAAAGAAGUCGAACCCACUUGUCCUAGAGGAGUUCCAAUGGGAUAAUGAGUGGGUUGAUAUCAAUGCUGAAAUGGUCCAUGAAGAUCAAGCCCAAGUCAUGGACGGUGACACACCACUACUUUGGUCUCAAGUGGAUGAAGCCAUGAGUGCCUCAAGUAGUCUAGCAGGUCGUAGCUUUCCUAGGAGAGCCCGUGGUGAUCUUGGCGAGUCUAGUGCACGGCCCAUUGGCCCUUUUCUCACCUACACUAGGAACCACUCAAGAACAAGGCUGGUUGUGCAUGAUGAAGAGUUAAGGGCUGAACUGGAAGCCGCAGAACUUGACAAAGUCAUCGAGAGUGAAGAUGAGGAUAACAAUGAUGCUGCAAAAAAUGAUCAAGUUCAAGACGUCGAGUUUCAGAUUGAUGACAUGCUUCUUGAUGAAUGA